AUGGGCGACAACAAGGACAGGCCGGCAGCACCCGCUGCUGACAGCAAGGUCAACGAUAUCGCAGCUGGCAUCUCUGGUCUCAUGUCCAGCAAGGAUGGCGCUGGUAAGCCAGCAGCACCAGCGGAAGCUAGCAAGGAGGAAGGUGUUGAGUCAAAUCUGCGCGAGUCUUCGCACGAGGUUCAGGUCACAUUGGCAGACCAGCAGGCGGAUCCCAACUCUCCGCUGUACUCGGCCAAGAGCUUCGAAGCGCUCGGUUUGCACGAGAACCUGCUCAAGGGCAUCUACGCCAUGAAGUACCAGAAGCCAUCCAAAAUCCAAGAAAAGGCAUUGCCAUUGCUUCUCCAGAACCCACCCAAGAACAUGAUCGGCCAGUCACAAUCCGGUACCGGUAAAACCGCCGCUUUCAUUCUCACCAUGCUCUCGCGAAUCAACUACGACCUCAAGAAGCCACAGGCCGUCGUCUUGGCACCAUCGCGUGAGCUGGCACGACAGAUCAUGGAUGUGGUGCUUACCAUGUCCAAGUUCACCGACGUCACCACAUGCCUUUGCUUGCCAGACGAGGUCAAGCGAGGUGAAAAGAUCUCUGCACAGCUCAUUGUUGGUACACCAGGAAAGACAUUCGACAUGAUCAAGAGCAAAGGUAUCGAGACUGCUGCUAUCAAGGUUUUUGUGCUCGACGAGGCCGACAACAUGCUAGACCAGCAGUCCUUGGGUGAACAGUCGAUCCGUGUCAAGAACACCAUGCCCAAGUCAUGUCAGCUUGUUCUGUUCUCGGCCACCUUCCCCACUAACGUGUACGACUUUGCCGUCCGCAUCGCACCAGGCGCCAACGAGAUCCGAUUGAAGCAGGAAGAGCUGUCAGUAGAGGGCAUCAAGCAGUUCUACAUGGACUGCAGGGAUGAAGACCACAAGUACGAAGUGCUUGUCGAGCUGUACAACUUGCUCACCAUUGGCCAGAGUAUCAUCUUCUGCGCCAAGCGCGAAACAGCCGACCACAUCGCACAAAAGAUGACCGCUGAGGGUCACAAGGUUGACUCGCUGCACGGCCGACUCGAGACAGCAGACCGUGACCGAACCAUCGACGCCUUCCGUGACGGUAAGAGCAAGGUGCUCAUCUCGACCAAUGUCAUCGCACGUGGUAUCGACAUUCAGCAGGUGACGUUGGUCAUCAACUACGACAUGCCAUUAACACAGGCGGGUGAGGCGGAUGCCGAGACCUACUUGCACCGUAUUGGACGAACGGGUCGUUUCGGUCGCAAGGGGGUUUCGAUCAACUUUGUGCACGAUCAGCAGAGUUGGACUUACAUGGACCAGAUCGAGAAGGCGCUCAAGUGCCAGAUCACGCGUGUGGCCACCAAUGAUCUAGAGGAGAUGGAGUACACGAUCAAGGAGGCGCUCAAGCAGAUCGGCAAGUGA